CGUAAUCGAAGAAAACAGACAGAGUUCGUCCGGCAGUGUUUACCGAUUUUAUUUACCGUUCGAUUAACUCUAGUUAAAUUGAUGUGUUGUGAAUAAUGCAAGCGUUCUGUGAUUAGUUAUUUUGUUCUACAGUUUGAGUGGUUUUCAUAGUUGAAUUUAGUCUUAGAACCCGAAGAAACUGAAAGAGAUGUGCUGAAGAGUUUUAUGAUAGAGUUCAGGGAUAAUUUGGCGCUAGAAUGUCUGAUGAGCUAGAAGCCAGGAUGUGGGACGACGGAGGCUCCCGAUACGAGUCCCGGAGCCGAGGUGCUUUUUUCGAAUCAGCAUUUGCUUCCUCUGAACACUUGGAUAGAGCACCUUUGUUGUCUGAAGAGACGUACACAGACGUUCCGGUGGCUUCUUCGGGCGAUGGAGAGGAGCAUUGCCACUGGAAGCCUCAGGCGGAGCCGCCCAGCGCAGUCCCGCAGCUACUCACAGCCCUCGUUCUAUGUGGAUUUUUCAUGGUUUGCGAGCUGAUCGGCGGCUACCUAGCGGGCAGUUUAUCAGUGAUGUCGGACGCGGCGCACAUGCUCAGCGACUGCGGGGGCUUCGCCCUGGCACUGCUGGCCUUCCACUGCGCUAAACGGCAGCCUGACGCUCGCAUGUCUUACGGGUACAAACGGGCGGAGGUUCUAGGUGCCAUGGUAUCAGUCCUCCUCAUAUGGAUCCUAACCGGAGUAUUCGUAUACGUGGCGGCGGUCCGACUGCACUCUGGAGAGUAUAGCAUCGAGCCAGACAUGAUGAUGGUGGUGUCAGGAUGCGGAGUAGUCUUCAACGUUGUGCUGGCACUCGUUCUUCACGGAUGUGCCUCGGAUAUAGCCCACCACCACAGUCACGGCGGCGCGGCGUGUGCCCACGCCCACUCCCACGCGCACGCUGCGCCGGAGUCGCGCCCCGCGCUGCGCUGGUUCCGGCGCGCGCAACACAAGCAACCCAGCGGGAAUGGACCGCUCGUCAACGGGGAUUACACUAUGAAGGACUUGUCUAAUACAGAAGCUAAUGUUGUGGGACCGCAGACUAGGAAUAUAAAUCUGCGCGCUGCCCUUAUACACGUAAUCGGCGACCUCAUACAGAGCUGUGGAGUACUCCUGGCGUCCAUCAUUAUCAAAAUAUACCCGGCAGCCAAGUUCGUGGACCCGGUGUGUACGUUCGUAUUCAGCGUGCUGGUUUUGAUGACGUCAGCGCGCGUCGUGAGAGAUGCUCUACGGAUGCUGAUGCAAGCGGUGCCGACUAACUUCAGGUAUCGCGAAGCAGUGCGCUCUUUCAGUGCCAUCGGCGGAGUGAGACACGUGCACUCCCUCCACGCGUGGUCUCUGUCCACCCAUCACACUGUCCUAACGGCACACGUCGCCAUCGACGAGCUGACAGACCCGGACUUGGUCCUUCGAGCAUGCCAGCAAGUGGGCCGGGAGCUGGGCGCUCAAUCAGUCACCGUGCAGGUGGAGAGGUUCCAGGCCAGGAUGCUGUCCUGCAGCAACUGCCGGCAGGCCGAGCACACGCCUUGACCCCUCAGCACGCUCUCUCACUAGGGAGCCGCAGGUCACCACAACGCGAGCUGUGUGAACAGCGCCGCAAACAACGAUAAGUGCCCGUAAAAUGUCCAAGAGUAAGUGAUAUGAAAAUUUGUAAUACACGUAUGACUUGAAGUUAGUUUCAUUGUAUGAAUGUGCCUGAACAAGGCGAAGACGAAAUUGUGAUACUAUUUUUCUUAUUUACCCCACCGCGAAGAAUUCACAAUGAAAUAGCCAACCAAAAACUGUUAAAUCUUAGAGAAUUUACAAAAACAUUAAUAUUUUUUAGUAUUGUAAGGACUUGUAGCUUCUUCAUUGAACAGGGUUGCCAUCUCAAUAGAUUUCGCAGUUAAUUAUAUUACAACAAAAAAUAUCUUUGAAUACUUCUUUUUCUUCUGUCCUUUGUGACAAUAAACACGAGACAUGUAUUGGUAAUUCACUUUUACUUAACGAUAAUGGAAAUUGUUAUUCGAUGAAUAAUAAUUUAGCAGUUAUACCAUUAUUUUUAUCAUUUUCGUUUGGUUUGGUUUGGAGAAAAUAAAUCUGGAUUCACAAUAAGUUUCCUUAAAUAAAAUUUAAUACAUAUUUUCCGCGAGAAUAAUUUAUUAUAGUUGAUGGCAACCCAUAAGAUAAUAUAUGACGUAACCAAGGAAAUAUUUAAGUAUUUGAUACAUCACAAUAAUACCUAACUUAUUCUUGACUAUGCCAAAUAAAGUUGUUAAUUUAUUUUUUUAUUAUUAAGUAUGUAAAAGAGAAAAAAUGCUAUAUUUAAUUUGAGAAAAUCGUAAAAAUUCUGACCAGUCUAAUUUCGGACUGAAGUUUAGAAAUUAUUGCAUGCCGUAUGUUUUUGAAAUAUUUAUCUUGUUACAUUUAAUAAUAUAUUUUUUGUAUCUUUGUUGAAUGCUUUGCUUUGUAAUGCCCGUAUUAUAGAAAGAUUCCCAGUAAUGAAUCUAGUCUUGAGCAUAGUCAGAAAGAGAUAUCGCUAUAUAUAGCACAUAGGGGCAUCCCUCUCUAACGCUACUCAAGUAGAGAUCAACACUUAGUUGUCAUUCUGUAAUACAGGCCUAAGACGUGGAAAUUUAUUGAUAACUAUGUACUUAAAAUGAUAAAAAAAAACGUAUUUAAUACUUUUGACCGGUGAUUUUAACUUCAAUGAAUGACCAUAUAAAAAAAUAAUUAUAUGACCACUACAAAAAAUUACUUUGUGUAGAUAAUAUCAUAAAUUGAUUUUAAGUCACAUUUAAAAAAUCAGUAUGAAUACAACUAUUUUUUUAUCACUUAAAUUUUAAAAAUAUAUUUUGAAAUUUUUUUGGAGAAAAUCAAGUGCGAACCGCUGGUCAACCGUAUAUCUUACUACAGAUAAAGUAUUAUUACACAAUAAUUAUUAAUAGCAUUCUUUGUAUUCUUGAUAAAUGGUUAAUGAAAGGAUUCAGAUUUCAUACAAUUUACGACCAAACGUGAAAAUGCCAACGAAUAUAUAAGAACUCGUUGGAACUGGACUAAGGCCCGUAUUAACUUUCAGUUAGAAAGGGAUGUCACUAUGUGCUAUAUAUAGCGACAUCGCUUUCUAACUAUGCUCAAGACUAGAUCAAUCACUGAAAUUCUUCCUUUAAUACGGGCCUAAAAGUCAUUAAUUUAUUAGGGUUGGUGCCCUAGCUAAAAGGAUUCUUGAAAAAAAAAACAAUAUUCUGGGAAACAAAACCAUUCAAAUCUCGUCAUUUUCACAUUCGGACCGAAAUGGAUGGUUCUUAUAUUAUUAACAUAGUGCCAAAUUUAGUUAUUAUAAUGUCAUUUGAGAAAAUACUAAAUUAAAUGAAAUAAUAUUACAGAAGUAUUUAUCGUCGUAGUUCUAAAAAUAUUGUUCUUUAGGUUUAGGUGUUAGAAUAAAAAAAAACACUAAAAAGGACUGGUCCCGUACAUUUAGUGUUUUUCUGUAAAUUAUGAAAUUUGAUUUAAACAUUCGAUGGAUGGAAAGUUGACCAACAUUUUGCAAGAUAUUUAGAAGUCAAUAAUAAUGUCGAAACAUUGAUAUUUCGAAGAGAAGCGUGUUCAGAGUAGCUCUGAUAUAAUAUAAUGCCUUUAAAUAUUAUUUGUAGUACCAAAAUGUAGUGUCACAAUCCCAAUGUAAUAUUGUCUAUGUUAAGAAGCUUAUAUGUAUAUAAUGUUUGAAUAUUACCGUAUUUAUGUAUAAUAUAAAGACGGAAGCCAUUUCUGCGUAAAACAGGGUUUUUCACUGUUAUUUGUGUCAAUUGUAUGACCGCUGUCACGUUUUUAUAAAGAACACGAUAUUUGGCUUGUUUCAUAAGUUAUUAAGAUAAUAAAAAUAUAUUUAAGUAUGUAUUUAAGGGAGCUAAUAACAUCUGCUAUGGCUUUGUGUUAAUUUAAAUAUUAUUCGAGUAUGUUAUUGUUAUAAUGAAACCCAACUUCCAUUUACCUUAGGCAAAUGGGCGACAGUUUAACAUAAAGAAUAUCUCUGCCCUUUUAUUUUUUGUCUAUAGUCUGUCUUGACGUAUUUUUAUUGGUCUCAUAUCGCCUGGUCUGUGUUAGAGAUGGCAGAUUUCUGCCACGAGUUGAGAAAAUUAUUUUAAUUUUACAUAUUCUGCGUUUUAUCAUAUUUAGUAAUGAUUUUAAAUUUGCACAUCUAGUGGUGUCGAUUCUGGCGUGAUUCUCUAAACUUAAAACUAAAUUUAUAAUUUUUCUGUCCUUUUCAUUCUAAACAGAGAAUGACAAGGCUACACUGUUGUCAAAUUUAAGUUUAGGUUUAGAGAAUCAUGCUAGAAUCGACAACAGUAUAUAGAUAAGUUUGUAGAGAAACUAUUGAUUUAAGACAUAAAUGAAGUCUGGAUGUACAGAACUUGAAUAACAAAUGGAAAAUAGGCCGGAAAAAAAAUGUGAGGCCGUGAAAAAUGAAAUUGAGUUCUAACACAGUUAGUCACAUUGCUUACACAUUGAGUGGAUAUGCCGUCAUCUUACGCAGCUAUCAUCCGACUUAAAUUGGCCGGGUGUAAUACAGAAAUAUUCCAUAUAAUUCACUGUCCAUCACUGGAUCCUAAUGCUCAAAAUGUAUUCGGCUAAUAUUUUUAUUUUGCGAGACUCAACGAUAUUAAAUAUCCUAGAUACAACAACACGAACAAAAUCGUGGCUGAAACCUGUCCAAAAGGUACAUUGUACGAUCCACGGAGCUCCGUAUGAUGAUCGCGUGGUCAAAAACCAUGAAAGGCAUUAUUUAAACAUUGAAAGACACUUUUCAUGCAUACUAUAUAGGGUCUUAAUGAAAACGCAUGCGUCAAAGACGUCUGACCUAGAUACCUAUCGAAAAAACGACACAUUAUUUUCGCAUUUUUUUACGAAGCUCUGUGGCACCUUGACUUUGUAACGGUCAGCGCGUGACUGUGAACCAAGAAGUGCUUGGGUGGAGUUCAAGCAGUCCUUGAUUGGGACACAUUUUGAGAGCACGUGGUGUAUCUAGUAUUUAAUAUCGAUUUCGACUGUAAAUAAAUAUAAUAAACAUUAAUCUCCUUAUAAAUAAACGAAGACUAGCUUGGAUUAGUUACUCCAUGUCUUUACUUUUGUCUUUGUCUAUUGAAUGACAAAUGGCAUUUGAGUGACAUGAACAAAACACGGCGUAACUAGUCUAAUCUUACUCCUUAUUUAUUAAUAAAGGGGUAUCAGUGGUAGAUAGAGUAUAGUUGAAUAGCUAUUCCAGUAUUUAGUCAUUCAGUAAUUUAUUAUCUGAAAAAAUGAGUAGCAAAGGUGAAACUUACUAGAGACCUAUUGACGGUUGUUUAAUAAAGAAUUGUAUUACCUAUUUCCGUAAAGAUAUGUCGUCAUACGCUUAAGUCUGUCAAUACGGGUCGUUUUUGCUUAAAGACAAUCUCGUCGAUAGCGAGAAAAUGACAAUAGGGUGACAACGUUUACUCCGUCAUCGUAACGAAGUCUAUUUAGUUCCUCAGUAAGAUUAUCAAAAAAUGAAGGACUUAUUAAUGACAACGGUAAAGCGGGCUCGUGACGUCACUUCUAAGCAAAAAAUGUACCAAGACGUGAUAUCAUACGACAUUUCGAAUCUUUCUAUCUUUAUGAUGUUUUGAUUAUGUGAAUAAAGAAAAACAAAAUACAUGUCAAAUACUUUUAUGAUAAUUUACCUGAUAGACCAAGAGAAACAGUUAUUUGUCGUCCCUAUUAUUAAUUUAAUAACUUUUUUUGUUUUUUUUUAAGUACGAUUGUGAGUUUUUGUCCCGUUCAAGCUGCAACAUUUGCAAAGUUCGGUUCCGAAUAGGUGACCACAAUAUUUAACCAGUUAUAUUCUCAUAUUUUCAGCCUGCGAGCUUGAUUAUAUAUGUCAAUACCCACUAAUCUGCACUAAGUCGAAGUGAUAAGAUGAGUAGAUUGAAGUAAAUGUCACAUGUAGGUACUUCAAAUUGUAUGAAAUCCGAGCGUGUCAGGUUUUGAGUACUCACAAGAAUAUUGAGUGGUGAAAAAGCAUUGUCACCUAUUUCAAUUACUUAUAUCGUUUUUACAGCUUAAAAUUACAUACAGAUAUUUUUUUAAAUAUUACUAUUGACGUAUCGUAAACGUUGAGGCGAAGAUGAAAAUUUGCGUAGAAGGAUGACCAUUGGACUGCCUUUUGGCACGCAAAAAACAUACAUUUGCUUUAUCUAUUUCUAUCUUUGUCUGUGGUACAACGACAAAAAACACAAAUAAAAAAAAUAUAAUAGUCUGGCAUGUUUUUCGUGAAGGCAUAGGCAUUUAUUGCAGUUUGAAAAACGUGAUAUGUGACAACAAUAGUCGUAACAGUAUAUGUUUGCGGAAAUAGAAGCUUAAUCUGCGUAACUUUGAAUUUAAUUAUUUAUGGCUAGUAAUGAUGUACUUAAUAAUUUAUUUUUAUAAUUAUUGUAUUCUUAAAUUAAGUAGACAUGAAUUUAAAACUCAAGUAAUUUAUGCUCAAACUAGUGAAUUUGAUGUGAUAGAUGCGUAGACUUUGUAUAUAUUGUCAGGUACAUUCCUUUAGCUGUGAAAUGUUCUUUUUUUUGUAGUUUAAGGGACUUGGAUGAGGCAACACUGUUUGAAUGCAGUGUUGCUACAAUGAAAUUUAUAUUGUUGUAAUACAUGUUUAUUAAGAAAAACGACUUUAUUGUACUGCAUCUCUUUCUAGAAUCACUAAUAUUAUUAUGUUUAUGUAGUAUGUACUUGAUUAUUAACUUUAUAUAAUCCCAUAUACCUAAAAAUGGUAAGUGCCGUCAUUUAGCAUUAGCAGUUUAAGUACAAUAUGUUAACCUUGUAAGGGGUGGUGUUAUUGGUGUAGAAAGGGAAUUUUCUUGGGGGAGAGGGAGAACCAUCCCGUUUGUGAAUUUUGCAAUGAUUUUUUUAAAUUUGAUGGUGGGUAGACAGGUUUGCUCCCCCCCUAGCUAUGCCCAUGGGUGGUGUGAAAGUUUCAUAUAUACAGGGUGUAACAAAAAGCAUAAUAAUCAAGCGUUUUAUACGGUCUUGUUAAAGUGAUGUUUAACUUUUGAGACACCCAUGUGUUACGUAUUGGCAGUGUUACGAAGAGGGGGAUAAUAAAUGGUUAUUGUAUUUUAAGAAGGAUAAUUGAUUAAAAAGUGUGUAUUUAAAAGAAAAUACUCAUGAAAUAUGUACGUAAGAAAUAAAUAAUGAAAAGUAUUUAUAAUGUUGUUCAGAAAAGGGGUUUUUAUAUUUAUUUAUUCACAAGUGAAUUCGGGUUCAAGGUUCAACUAAGCGAUUUGACUCACCCUGUGUAUAAAAUAAUAAGUACGUUUCGAAUUUUAGAACCAAUUGAAAUGUAUUCUCGGUACAUAAGAGUUAUAAACAUUGUUCGAUUAUGAGCAAUUUCUAAAACCUAACUUCAUUGGUGUUUCUUCUAUAUUUGAUGUAGGUAUAACUUAUUUUCUCGUUCGCCUCUCGACUUCGUCCAAAAUAUAUUUUCAGCAUAAUUAUGGCGAUUAAAAUUCUAUCUCUCUGCCCUGAUAACUGACAAGGUGCCUGAUUUUACAUCAUUGAGUAACAAGUCAUAUUUAUAAGUAAAUUCUACUGUCAACUUUCGCGUUUCAAUCUGGUGGGCGCGUCGAGUCCUUCAACUUUUUUCCGAUUUCAUAGGAAUUCACUUAGGAUUCACCCCUAAGAGCGAUGAAAUAGACUUUGCAAAAUUUUAAUCAUUCUUUUCAUUUUCACAGUAAUGUUACUCAAUUCCGAACCAAUCUUAAGAAUUCUAGGGGCCGUACCAAGAAAGACGUCAUUAAUAUUGUAUGAGAUGAAACUAUAGGUACAUACUUGCUGAUAUAUAUGAUGAAGAGUUAAUAGUCCUCUAAUAUAGCCCAGUGUAGACCUAAGGUGACCCAAUAUGGUGAUAGGAAACUGAGUUAGAAAUACGAAAUCGCUAAAAAAAUAUUCUCAGUAGUUUGUGAUACGUGGAAAAUUACGUUGUAACUGUGGCCAUAAUUCCAACGCGUACAAAGAAAUUUGGUGACUCAUUUCUUUGUCGCACUAUCCGUAAAUGGAAUCCUCUGCCCGCUCACGUGUUCCCACCUUCUUACAACCUGGGAUCCUUUAAAAGAGGCGUGUAGAAGCAACAUGCAGGCCGGCAGGGUGAGGAUGGCUUGUGGCAGGUAGAACUGCUGUACCAGCUAUCUUCACGUCUAGACUUCACCGUCGCUUAACAUGUGGGGUGGUCAUUUCUCGGACACAUGUAUAAAAAAACCUUUAAAGUCCAGUCCAGUCUUCACUAUAGUUAUUAUUCUUAAUACAUUAAUAUAUUGUAUGGAUAUAAUUCGAGAUGUCACAAGUAUAAUAUGACGAAUCUACCAAAAACAAAUUAAUUUAAAAAUAAUUAUUAUUGCCAAAUUGUAACCAAAAACGUAUUUUUAUAAAUGAUUUUAUUGUAUAAAUGUAACGUUUUUCAUCUGUUAGUGCACCAUGUUUUGUCAUACUCGAAAACAUAGCUUUAAGUCGAGCUAUUAAAGUCUAAAAUUAAUUGAAAGCGAAGAGUUCCGAGUCUGUUUGGUUGGUGCAUUAAUGUUGAUGAGAAACGAAUAAAUUGUUAUGAUUUCUAUACAUAUUUUUUGUUAUGUGAUGUUUUCCGUCCCUGUUCGUAUGCAGUUUUUUUAUUUGUUGUAACCAUUUGCUAAUAAUGUGUAUUAAAAAUUAAGAAAUUUAUUGAAA